AACAGCUUAGUGUUCACUCAAACCUGGUAGAAUCCGCCUGACAUGGUGUAUUUUGGCAUAAACUGGACACAGGAAGACUGUCGCCGCGCUGCAUUCAACGAGCACCGACGUUGUUCCCCUUAAACGGCAGGACAGACCUGCCCUUUAAUGCCUGCCUGUUCCUCCGCCAUGUAUCCACUGUCGGCAUAACACAACAGCGGGACACUCAGCUUCUUCAUCCCCAGCGUCCUUCUCUGUCCGCCGCGUCAGCACAGAGUUCCUCUCCCUUGCCAUGCCCCGGGUCACCUCGCUGCUGCCCGCCCUGGUGUUCGUUCUCCUGCCGGGCCUGUGCCGGGGAUAUUUCCCCGAGGAGCGCUGGAGCCCCGAGUCUCCGCUCCUCGCUCCCCGGGUCGUCAUCGCCCUGGUCUGCCGCAACUCGGCGCACUCCCUGCCGCUGUUCCUCGGUGCCAUCGAGCGCCUGAACUACCCGAAGGACCGCAUUGCGCUGUGGGUGGCGACAGAUCACAACACUGAUAACACCACAGCCAUCCUCAGAGAGUGGCUCAUCAAAGUGCAGAAUGACUAUCACUAUGUGGAGUGGAGACCUGAAGAUGAACCCAGUGUCUUUGAAGAUGAGUUGGGGCCUAAGCACUGGAAUAACCUCCGCUAUGAACAUGUGAUGAAACUCCGUCAGGCAGCUCUGGACAUCGCCCGCGAGGUCUGGGCCGACUACCUGCUGGUGGCUGACUGUGACAACCUGCUCACCAACCAGGAUGUCUUGUGGAAGCUGAUGAUGGAGAACAAGACCAUUGUAGCUCCCAUGAUGGAGUCCAGAGCUGCAUACUCCAACUUCUGGUGCGGCAUGACUUCACAGGGUUACUACAAGCGGACUCCGGCCUACAUGCCAAUCCGUAAGCGGGAGCGUCAGGGCUGCUUCGCUGUACCCAUGGUCCACUCUACCUACCUGCUGGACCUACGGAAAGAGGCCUCCCGUCAGCUCGCGUUUUAUCCACCGCACUCCGACUACACCUGGGCUCUGGAUGACGUCAUCGUCUUUGCCUACUCAGCUCGCAUGGCAGAUGUGCAGAUGUAUGUGUGCAACAAGGAGACUUAUGGCUACUUCCCAGUGCCGAUGCGCUCCCACGCGACCUUGCAGGAUGAGGAGGAGAGCUUCUUGCACACACACCUCGAGGUUAUGGUGAAAAAUCCUCCAUUGGAGCACUCCAGCUUCCUGUCUCCUCCUCCCAAGCAGCCUAACAAGAUCGGCUUUGAUGAGGUGUUCAUGAUAAAUCUGGUGCGGCGGUCUGACCGGCGUGACCGAAUGCUAAGAACUCUGUACGAGCAGGAGCUCAGCUGUAAGGUUGUUGCUGCUGUGGAUGGCAAAGCUCUGAAUGUGUCUGAGAUAGAUUCUAUGGGAAUUAAGAUGCUGCCAGGGUACAAAGACCCUUAUCACGGCCGACCUCUCACCAAGGGUGAACUGGGUUGUUUCCUCUCUCAUUACAACAUCUGGAAGGAGAUCGUGGACCGCGGUCUGCAGACCUCCCUGGUCAUCGAGGACGACCUCCGCUUCGAGGUCUUCUUCAAACGUCGCCUCCAGACGCUGCUGCAGGAGGUGACGACACACAAGCUUGACUGGGACCUCAUUUACAUCGGACGGAAGCGCAUGCAAGUGGACCAUCCAGAGAAGUCUGUACCCAACAUACACAAUCUUGUGGAAGCCGACUACUCCUACUGGACGCUAGGCUACAUGUUGUCAUUACGAGGAGCUGAGAAGCUCCUCGGGGCCGAUCCUCUGAGUAAGAUGCUUCCUGUAGACGAGUUCCUCCCCGUCAUGUACGACAAACAUCCAGUUUCAGAGUACAUGGACCACUUUGAGAACCGGGACCUGCACGCCUUCUCUGCCGAGCCUCUCCUCGUUUACCCGACCCAUUACACGGGAGACUCCGGCUACAUCAGUGACACCGAGACCUCGGUGGUGUGGGACAAUGAAACGGUCAAAACCGACUGGGACCGAGACAAGUCCAGGAAAACUCAGGAGCAGGAGGAGCUGAGUUUUGAGGCGCAGAACUCGGAUGUGCUGCAGUCGGAGCUGGAGAACUGGAGCGCCCGGGACGAGCUGUGAUCAUGAGGAGAGGUCAUGAGGCGGAAUGGGAGAGAACUCUGGUGUACAGAGAUAAGGAUGAGGGAGACAGAACAAAGCUGUGAUUGUGUGUGUGUGUGUGUGGGGUGGGGAUGGAUAAGAGGGAAGGAAUAAAACAGAAAGUAGGAGGUGAGGGAGAGAAAGCAGAGCAGAUGGACACAAGCUUGAUUGAGGACAAAUGCUUUUCCUUGUCCAUUUCUCUUUCCACACUUUGAUCUCUCUCACAAGAGAGAAGAUUAGAUGCAGUGAUAAAUAAUUCUUGAAGAGUCAGCGAGCAGCUUUUGUUUUAUUUAUUGCAUCCAACACACAUCCCUUGAGCACAGCCAGGUCCAUUGAUAUUACUCCUAUUAUUUUUGAUAAUAGAUUUACGCAGACGGGCCCCAUUUAAACUAAAUAAAUUGCCCUUUAAGUGCUUUUACUAAACACAAUGAUUUUCUCAAACAGAAGUAACUGCUGGUCAUAUUUCACCUGCCCACUUUCAUUUCACGUCGCCUUGUCUUGCCAUAUAAAAGCUUCCAAAAUGACGUUUUUGUUGAGUUUUUUUGAAGUGAUUAGAAAGGAAAGAAAACUUUUCUAUCUCAGUGGUUCCCAAAGUCUAUUUCUUUGUGAACUCAAAAAGUAUAAUUGUGCCGUAUAACAUGAGAAAGAAAGACAAAAUAGGUGUGACCCCACUCGUUCAUUUUGUGACACAUUAUAAAGGUCCCAAGCCCAGGUUUGGAAACCAAGGGUCAGCGUUCUUCUUCCCCUUCUUUUUAUUGAGUAUUAGCUCGACUUUCGUUUUAGCUCCACUUAGCUAUAGUGUGUUAUUUAUAUAUAUUUUUUAAAAGGUUAUUAAUGAACCCAUCCUUAUUUUUGUCACUUGUGAAUGUAUUAGUGUUUUUCUUUAAUCAUACAGCUACACUAAUCCCUGUAAUUGUUUUUAACCACAAUACAUUUUGCAGUUGUAGCCCAAACUUUACAUGUUUGUCUCUCAUCUGUUGAACGUGAACAUGUGUCUUUCUGUUUUCCCUUUUUUCUUUUCUUCUUUGUUUUUUUACCAAAGACGAAAUAAAAACUUUUAUAAUGAA